AUGGAGCCCACCAAUGGCAGUCGCAAACAUAGCCUCGAUCUGACGCAGCCCCAGCUGCCCGUACAAUCGGCAACGGCUUCACUGGCGUGCGGCAGCAGCAAACGCAAGCUCUACGCCAUUGAUGAGUGUGAUGAGGGCUCGCCAUUGACGGCGGGCGAGCUGGGCGCUGAGGCAGCCGAGGCAGCUUACGAUGCGGACGUGGAUGAGCUGGAGCACUCGGCCAGUCUGCCGCUCAGCAAACUGACCAGCGAGCGCGAGGUUAUCUACGAGCUGUUCCAGCCUUGGGCUCUCAAGACAUACGGUGAUCAGGCAAAGACCAAGACCAUAACGCUGCGCAAGAAGGCGCGCAUACUUAAAGCACUCGAGGGCAAGGAGCACAGUCGUCCGGACAGCUCCAAGUUUCGCUUCUGGGUGAAGACAAAGGGCUUUACCACCAAGCGACCCGAUGGCUUCGAGGAGACACCAGGCAGUCGACGGCGCCACAAGCAAUUGCCACCCACGGCCGUGCUCUCGGAUACUCCGGGCGCUGUCGAUCUGUUUGCCGCCUCCACAAGCAAAGACUUUGGCCGUCGCAUCUAUCGCAAGGUGGCUUGUGUGGAGGAGUUCUUUGACAUCAUUUACAACGUGCACAUGGAGCUGGGCGGACGCAGUGGCAUGCAUGCGGGUCAGAAGCGCACCUAUCGCAUUAUAACCGAAACUUAUGCUUUUUUGCCCCGCGAGGCUGUCACACGCUUCUUAACCAUUUGCCCCGAGUGCAAAAAGAAUCUGCGUCCCUCGUCGCCCUCGACGGGCAGCAAAGACAACGAGCUCGCUGGCAAUGAGAGCUCCUCGGAAGUGGAGACCUAUCUGAACUACUCAUCGCAUACGGAAAGCUCAUUGGAGGCGGGUCCCACAGCCAAGCGGCGUCGCCACUCGAGCGCCGAAAUCAAAGCACAGGCACCACCGCUGGCGACCAGCAGCAGCAUUGCCAGCAGUGCCAGUGCCACACAACUGGAUGUUAUAGCUGCACCCACGAGUCCCACUGGGACACAGCUACCGAUCCCGCAGGCUAAGGCUGAUGAAACGCAGGUGGUCAGUGCGCCUGCACCCAGUAUACGCGUCAACUUUGAUUUGCAGCUGAUCAAGUCGCGUGAUAAUCUCUUGCGUUAUUAUGAUUUCAUGCGACGCUUCUAUGCCGGCGGCUCCGGCUCCGCGCUGAAUCAACCGGUUUUAGCGCCGCCCCUCUACGGCAGCAGCCUGCUGCAAAGUCUUAGCUACCCAGCCACCACCACCACUCAUACCCAGUCCCAGUCUCUAGCUCAAACUCAAGCACAGUCCGCUGUGUCUAAGACCUCCCCUCAGUGUUCCGCGCGCGCACGCACACCGCUGGUUUCAUCAGCCACGCCCACAAGCUCACAAGCACCUAGCACACCCGUUAAUCUAACAAAAUCUUUAUUUUCCAGCAAUGGUCAGCCAGCAUCGACUUCAACGCCCGUUGCUCUGUUGCCGCCGCCGCUCAAGCUGGAGCUGCCCAGUCCGCCCAAGCCGCUGCCCGAGUUACGCAUUCCUCAGCUGCGUGGCAGCAGCGCAGCAGCAGCAGCAGCAGCUGAGCAGUUGCCUUUGCCGCUGCCGCUGCCGCCACUGGACUUGGAACGCUUGAAGCCCAUUACGUCGACCUAUUUGCAGCUCACACGCAGCAUGGGCUUGAGUGAUGAGGACGCGCUGCGUUUUGAUAACUUGGAAACCAUUCCAGCAACACCGGCCGCAAGCGCCGACACCAGCAGCGUUGUUGGCGUGGGUGGCGGCAUUGCGGGCGCAAGCGGCGGCCUGGGACUGGGCGACAUUGCCAGCAGUCUGGCUGGCGGCGGCGGUGGCGGUGGAGGCGGUGCUACCAGCGAGUCGGAAGCCUACGCGGGACUGAUGAAGGACGCUGACAAACUGAAGCUGAUGCUGCUCGCCUGGAACUACCAGAACUCGACGGCCGUGCGCAACGGCACCGAGGGACCCGACCUGAGUGUGGUGGGCGGACUCUGGGCGCAGUAUCAGAAUGCAUUGGCACAGAAUGCAGCCGCUGUGGCAGCAGCUACCAGCAAAAUGGACAGCUCGCUAUCGCCGGUGCCGAGGCAGGAUACGAGCUCGCCGAUGGAGGCGCAGGACGAGACAAACUCGUCGGGGCAGAAGGAGGAGGACGAGGUCUCCGAGGACGACUCCGAUGACAAGAUGGACGAGAAGCUGGCCACCACACACGAUCCGGAGCGCCUCAAGGCCUUCAAUAUGUUUGUGCGUCUCUUUGUCGAUGAGAAUCUGGAUCGCAUUAUACCCAUCUCCAAGCAGCCAAAGGAAAAGAUUCAAGCCAUCAUUGAUUCGUGUGCGCGACAAUUUCCCGAGUUCAGCGACCGUUCCCGCAAACGCAUUCGCACCUAUCUCAAGUCCUGUCGCCGCAACAAGAAGACACGAGACGGCUGGGAGAAUACGACCCGACCAACGCCCGCUCAUCUCACCUCCGUUCAGGCAGAACAAAUCCUGGCCAUUGCCUGUGAGAACGAAUCGAUGAAUGCGAAACGAAUGCGCAUUGGCCUCGAGCCAAUAACACACGCGGUGCCAGCGCCGGGCAGCGUUGUGGCCGCUGCUGCAGCCGCUGCGGCUGUGGCAGGCACGAGCAGCUCAUCGGGCAGCAAUGCUGCCUCCUCCGUGACGUGCACGGCUGCCGAUGCGGCCGGACUGACUAGUGUGGCAGCCGCUGCAUUGCCGUUCGUCAGCGCUGUUGGCUUCUCGCGCUCCACGCCCAACUCGGAGCAUGCGGAUACUCCGUUUGGGGCGGCGGCUAACCUCGCGGGCGCUGGCAGCGCAGCUGGCGGCAUUGGUGGCGGCACUAGCGGAGGCGGCACUGGUGGCAUGAGCUCGGCGCGUAGCUCACCGCUGGCUUUAAGCUCGAAUGCUAGCGUUGGAGCCACGCCCACCGAUCUGUCCGGAUUGGCGCUUGCCAACGGCGCUGGAGCAUCAAAUGGCGCCGGCCUGCCCUCCAGUAGUCCAUACACCACGGACUUUAGCUCGCCCUCGGCGGCCUCACCGUUUGUAGCAGCUGCUGCUGCAGCGGCCGUGGCUGCCGGACGUGCUCCCAGCUAUCCCAGUUACUUUCCAGGCGUGGCCGGCUUGGGCAACGUGACGCCCACCGAUCUCUCCAUGAAGCCUACGGCGCUAAACGCUGGCAAUGCGCUGGGCAACAGCAGCAACAACCCACACACCCACUCUACCACCAGACUGUUGCUGUAUUGUUUUGAGUCCCAACAGCAGCAACAACAGCAACAGCAGCAGCAGCAACAACAACAGCAACAGCAGCAGCAGCAACAGCUGCUCUCCGCCUCCGCUGAUGGUAACUGCAAUCGCGUGGCCCCCAUACUUCCCCACAAGCUGAGCCCCAAUGAGGUGACUGCCGCACGUCAGGUCAUCUCCGCGUACAGGGAGAGCGCUGCGUUCCUGCUGCGCACCGCCGAUCAGGUGGAGCAGCUGCUGGUGCAGCAGCAGUAGGCGUGGCUGGCGCUGAUGCUCAUUGGGGCGCUUUCUAGACCCAAGCCACGCUAGGCGCGCUCGGGUUGUUCCUAUUUAAAUUUAAAUUUUAAUUGAAUUACACACACACACACCGAAACAGACACACACAC